AUGUCCGACGACGACGAGUAUUACGAAUGGGACGAAGAUUAUAUUGAGGACGCGCCGGACUUUGUCGACGAACUCGCCCAAACCUCAUAUUACGAAGCGGCGCUGUACGAAGACCCUUCCUUCGAUGUGGAGGAUUACUUCAGUGAUUGGGAAUACUAUUCAGAUGAUUACCACGAUGACGACCCAACCGUGAAACAAUUCGCCAUGAAAACGACAGCGCCACCCGCGCAGAAAAAGGCUGGCCGAGCGCAGGCGCAGGCAAAGGCUACCGCCAACCGCGUCGCCCGACCGAAAUCCUCCGUGGUCCCGGAUAUAUCUUCCUUCCAGGGCGUGAUUUGGAAAACGCCGAGUCUGGAUCCUUACCAGGAUGUCGCGGUCUUCUACGAGCCGAUUGGGAACAAGGUGGCCCUUUUGAAAGACUGGAGGGAGGUUUUCAAGUCUGCGCAGCCGGCGCUUGAUAAGUCGCGGCUGCGGAAGAGGAAAGCCAGGGAUCAGGAGGAGGAUACGGAAGACGUGGAGGCCGACAGUGAAAUGUCUUUCGCCGAUGAUGAAUUCCCCUGCGAUGACGAUCAACCUCGCGAUGAAGAUCAACUCGACAGCUCCAUGUCUGAUAUCGUUUCUAUGGACAAUGUGAGCGAGACUGGAGAUGCCGGGGAGGCCUCGAAUACGACCCCGGAAUUUACGCAAUCACCAAAAGAAGUGCCAGCACCGGCGCCAACAUCGACACCUGCUAAACGGGGUCGCAAGCGCAAGGCGGAGGUUCCGGUUGACGAGCCAAAUAAGGAUAAUCCAGGCACUGAAUCGCCGCGGACUACUCGGUCGAAACGAGUUGCGUCCAAGAAGGGUGAUGGCGAGGGGAGUUUAUCCGGUGCUUCGACUGCUCCCACGCGCAGGUCCACACGGCAGAAGAAGUAA